AUGAAUUCUCUUCAAUUUCAAUUACUUACAGAAUCUUUAGAUUCUGUCAUAACUGAGUUAGAACCUGAAAUUGAUAUUGAUAUUGAUCCAUGUUAUGAUGACAAUUUUGUCAAAUCUAUCAUUCUUCAUUAUUUAAACAAUCCAUCUCGAAGUAUAAAUGUUCGUAUAAAAUCAGAUCACUGGUACUCUAAUAUUCUGUUUAAUUAUGAUGAACUUUGGUUUCGUCAAACUUUAAGAAUGAAACCAUCAACGUUUUGGAUGAUUGUUAAUAAAAUACAAAAUCAUGAGAUUUUUAAAAAUAUUCCACAAAGAAAGCAAAAUUCAAUAGAAAAACAGCUUGCAGUAGUUUUAUAUAGAUUAGGUGGAAAAGCAACAAUUUGGGAUAUUUGUUCUAAAUUUGGAAUUGCUGAAGGUACUGUUCCAUUAUUUACUACCAGAGUUAUUAAAGUUUUAAAAAGUUUAAAAGAAGAUGUUAUUAUCUGGCCACAUAGUGAUUAUCGACAAAAAGUCCAUAAAGGUUUUGAGAAAAUGCACAGUUUUUCAAAUAUAAUUGGUGCAUUAGAUGGAUCUCAUAUGAAUUUGUUCGAAGCUUCAAGUAAAUUUAAUAAAGAUGUUUACUUUACAUGGAAACAUCGUUAUGCAAUUCACCUUCAAGCUGUUGUAGAUCAUCAAGGAAUUUUUAUAAAUUAUGAUAUCAGAUACCUAGCAUCAGUUCAUGAUGCAAAAGUAUUCCAGAAUUCUAGUUUAUAUUGUUGCAGAAAUCAGCUUUUUGAAGAAACUAAUUAUGUAUUAGCUGAUUCUGCAUAUCCAAUUUCUUUAAAUAUAAUUCCUUCAUUUAAAAAUCCUUUGAGCUUAGAUAAAAAUCAACAAAUUGCAUUUAAUAAAAAAUAUAGCAAAUCUCGUGUUAUAGUAGAACAGAUAUUUGGUCAAUUGAAAAAUAGAUUUCAGUUAUUAAAAGAGCUAAGAACAAAAAAUACCAAAACGGCAACUGAUUUAAUAGAAAUUUUAUUAAUUUUAUAUAAUAUUUUAGAAAGGAAUAACGAUAAGUGCAAGAAACCUUCAGAACAAAUAUUAAUAUAUAGAAUACAAUUGAUGAUGCUUGUAAUUUAUGAAGUGAUCAGAAAAUUAAAAAAGCGAAAAAUAUUAAAAGGCAAAAUUUAA